AUGAAAACAAAAAUUGUUAUAGACAUACCAUCUAUUCCAUUAUUAGCAUCUAUGUUGACACACCUGAUUGCAUUGGAAAAACAAUUAACAUACAUUUUGGCUGUUACUUUUUCACCAUCAAGAAAGUCAAAUUAUAUUCGAGAAUUCCCAGUUUUUCCUCAAUUAAAAUUAUUGAUGAAGGGAUAUGUUUACUUAGAUAAAGAAACCAUCGGUUAUGGAACUGCAAGAGCAGCUCAAUAUGGUACUGGAGAAAUUGAUAGAGUCAUGAACAUGAUUUGA